AUGAACCGCAGCUCGCGCACCUACGCCACCCCACUACGGUGGCAGCCUGCCUCCAGCGGCGCCGACGACCCCAGCACCACCACCCGCGCCGUUGAGCGCGAGGACUCGCCGCUGGAAAUCAUCCCGACAGUGUUCAAGCGUCCCUUGACCCUCCCCGCGCCAAACGACGCCGCCGUCCGCGCGCUCAGCUUCAGCCAGAGCGCAAAGCCCGGCGUGGGCGACAUCUCGCUCGACCGCGAGGAGCUCGUGCGCCUCCGCGAGGGCCACUUCCACACGCCCCGUCUUGGGCGCGGGAGCGAGGGACGGAACUGGGCGAAAAUGACACUCUCUGAGGCUGCUUGGAUCCGCGUCGAGGAGGUCGGCGCGGUCACAAAGAGCAGAUCGUGGACCGCCAGAGUUGGAUAUGACGACAGCGGCGAGUCCGUCAAGCCAGAGCUCCCAUACGUCAUCCUCACCAAGCUUGUCAUUGCGUCGUCCCCGCGCAAGAUGCUCACUCUCAACCAGAUCUACCAGGCGAUGGAGGAGCGCUGGCCAUACUUCCGGCACCUGGGGCAGACGUUUAGGAACUCGAUCCGGCACAACCUGUCCAUGAACCCGGCGUUCGUCAACGUCGAGCGCCCGUCGGCCGAAGGAGGGCUGGGUACCGGAAAGGGCGGGUACUGGAAGGUGUCCGACGAUCCGUCGCCGCCUAAACCGACCAAGCGUGCCAAGGCGUCCGACGGCGCCGAGGCCGCCGCGCCGAGCGUCACGCGGUCCGGCACGCUCAUCCGGCGCGAAGUGGUGGCCAAGGUGCCCCAGCAGCGCGCUGGGCGAGCUCCGACCCGCGCGGUGCCCGUGCCCGUGCCCUAUGCGUCGAGCAACGGCUCCGCGUCGUCCGAGUCCUCGGUGGCAUCGAGCGCUGCUGCUGCGCCGCGGCCCCGCCGCCACCACCACAACCACCAGCAGACACUCGCGCCGUUGCGUAUCCCCCGACUGGCGGACGACCGCCGCUCCGUCCCCGGCGUCCGCCCCGCAACACACCUCAUGAUGCACCUGCCUGCGGCACCGGCCGCCCAGUGGACACGGGAGAGCGUAAGCGUACCGCACGAUUCGCUGCCCCACUUCCCCCUCCCCCUCCCGCUGGCCGAGCCGUCCCCCCGCCGCGCGACGCACCUCGACCCCGCCGAGCCGGCGCCCAAGCGCCGCCGCUUCGCUGCUGAGCCGGGCGAGCACACUCACAACGACCCGCUGUACCUCCUCGCGAGCGUAUCCGACGCUGCCCCGACCAGCCUGCUGCCCACGCCGCCGCUCGAGGCGGGCGGUGUCGGUGCCCGCGUACCUACCCCAACCGAGGCUGCUGCCCCCACCCGCGCCGCCCCCGCCCCGCGCCACACGCUCGCGUCGCUCCUCAACCCCGCGGAACCGCCCACGCCGCUCACGUCCUCCCCUGCGUCGUCGCUGACCGGGGCGUGA